UCUGUCGGGGGAGAGGGUGUAGAUAUCCUAACCAACCUGGACCUUCUUUCUAGACUCGCCCAGAGGAUGGUGAACGGUGGGGCCCGGGAAUUUGCUAGCCCCAGUUACUUCCCCUGAGAGAUUUCUGGAAAACGUAAGAAAUUCUCCUGCUGCAGCUGGGGUCUGGAUUCCUCCCGGCGGGAGCUACUGGGCACUACGUUGUACUGUAGGCUUGGAACAGGCUGGCGUCACCGGGUCGGGACUGUAAUGGGAACACCCUAGAAGGCCAGGGCGGCUGGGCCAGCGGGGCACUGAGGUACAGUGGAAGCGAUGCUACCCAGGUGUCCCCGGCUGUGAAGCUCCGGACUUGCCUCCGGUCGGAGAGUUAGCUCAGAGAAGCCGCCUGAUCAUCCUAGUGGGGCUUCCCAUCACAGCACCCCAGACACCCGAGUAAGAGAAAGUUGUCAGGCGGGUCGCCCAGCGCCUGGGUACAGCUCACGGGACUCCUAACCAAAUUGUAGCCCAGAACCAAAUUAGGGGUCUUCAUCUUGUUCCUAGGAUUAAGGAGUCCACCAUGAAAAUAAGCCUUUCGCUUCUAGUUUUAAAAACCCACCAUGAGGGUGGGAAGCCACCUGCCAAACACAUCGUGGACCAAUUGACCAGUUGUUUAGUCGAAGGAGACAUGCAUGUCUUUUUAUGUUCUCCUUCGUUGAAAAAGAAUUAAAAUAAAAUAAAAAGAGAGUGCGGGGAAUCUAAAGCAAAAGCGGAGGCAAAUGCUGUCUUGUCUGGUCCGCGAAGUUCAGUGCCAUCGCAGACUCCAGAACCCUCGAUGUUCUUCUUUGCCCUGCUUUACGCAGUCCUACUCUAGUUGAGCGUCAAGUUCAGCCCAGAGCCUCUUGGUCCAAUUAAUCCGAACGAUGCUGACGGUCAUCGGCAUGGUAGUUAACAGUGCCAGCCCAAGGCCGGUCCCAGCCACCCGCUUUCCAGCCCGCCCGCCGACCCAGCUCGCCCGUUGGCACUUACACUGCACAAGGCUGAAGAGUCCCACCAUCCGCCGCGGGCUCCCAGCUGCAAAUAAAACUUCCUGCGGUCGGUGCUGGCCGGCGGGGCCAGAGGACCAGGGCGCGGCGCCGCCUCCCUCGCGAUGCCAGAAUGUCCGUGGCCACUCGCCCACUCGCGCUCGCCCAGAGACCGACCGCCUAGUCUUGAGGAUUGCGGACAGCCGCUUCGCACAGCGAGAUGCAGGGCGAGGAGCCCGGGGUGGCGGACGCCAGGCAGACGCAGGCUGCGACGCGGAGCCCGGCGCGCGCCGAGCUCAGCUCCCCCUCCUCCCGCCUCGCUCCCUCCCUCCGCUCCUCUCUGUUGUUGCUGCUGUGGCAGACAAAUGUGAUGUGGGGCGCAGGGGAUUGCCACUGUCACAGGCGGCGUCUGCGUCCGCCUUGCCCGCCCUCGCUCGCUCUCGAGGAAGGCGACUGCAUUUAUCUGCAGGGCGUCCGGGCGUCCGCCGGGGAGCAGGAGCGCCGCGCGCAGAGCACAGCGCCCACAGCGCCCGCACCAGAGCAACUAAAGCAACCCACAAUUGCAUUUCCUUUCAAGCCGGUAACUUAAGUUACGAUGGCAAUUGAUUUACUUUAAAAAUAUAGAUUUGCUGGCUUCCUUUCAGACGUACGAAAUCAAAAUCUGCAAGAUCUGGAUCCAAGUUUUAUGCUUUAAACACCUUUCCUGGUAACUGGGACACUUCAGGCGCAGCUCCUCUCCACCAGAGACCACUGAAGCAUGAACACUUCUCUUCAAGGCCGGACUAGCAGCGAGACCUCAGAUAUUAACAUCUGUGUCUGUAAAGUGGCACAAUUGCUAUAAAUAAUCUCUCAGACCUUCCCUGUGUCUAUGGCCUGCCACGAGCCUUUAUCACCCAAUCCAGAGUACAUCAGGCUGAGAACGUGAAUAGCACUUCACAGAUUUUAAGAUACUCCCCCUUUAUAUCACACCUCAGCCCAUUAGUGUUGAAAGUACAAGGGGCAAGAAUUAGUCUCAUCUGUUUUCUGAUGAAAACACUCUAGAGAGCUGGGGUUAUGGUACAACCUUAGAGCGCUUGCCUGGGAUGACGUAGGCCCCAGUUUCAGUCCCCAGCACUUCAAUAGCAGCAACGAAACAAAACUCAAACUCAGUACCUAACUAACAGAAAGCCCAGCUUUGAUUAAGAAAAAAGGAGUAAGAUUUCUCCCAGGUGAAACAUGAACUGCACCAUGGUUUCAGACAGCAGCAGCUACCAUGUUUGUAAGUGUUUUGAUCCAACUAUCAUUAAGGUAGUAUAUAAAACAAGUAUGAUACAAAUAAUUUUUCUGUUGUAUGUUUCCCAGAAGAAACCUGUCUUGGUGAUGAAUAACCUUCCUUUGUGGCAGGCCUCCUACAACCCACCCCCAUCUUGAUCUCAGCCUUGUUCUGGGUCUCACUGAAGCAUUCUUUCCCCCAGUUGUUUGCAUUGCUACAAAACCAACCUCAGUACGCGAGUGGCUCACCCUCAGUAGUGCUUCCAUUAAAUCAGCUAGUGCAGUGUUUUAAACUGAUAAUGGUUUUUAAUGGACUAAAUGAUAAUGGGAUUGAAGUUAGUGAAACUUCUUUGGUUUCCUGAGAUAUGGUCUCACUAUGUAGCUUACGUUCUCCUUGGAUGCAGAAUCCACUUGCUUCCAGCUCCGGAACACUGGAGUUUCACAUCAGAGCCCACCGAAUUGUUUCCUUAUGGGAUAUCGAAGUGGAUUAAUCGGUUCAUGUUCCUUCACAAUUAGAGACAAUCAACACAAUUUUUACUUUCGCCUUUUUUCUUUUCUCAGAGGGUAGAUAUGAGCAAAAGACAAGAGAUAUCUGAAGCGAUGUGGACUAUGCAAUAUGAACAGACAAGAGAUAUCUGAAGCGAUGUGGACUAUGCAAUAUCAACAGACAAGAGAUAUCUGAAGCGAUGUGGACUAUGCAAUAUGAACAGACAAGAGAUAUCUGAAGCGAUGUGGACUAUGCAAUAUGAACUCCGUAGUGUAUAGUUUUUGAUAAUUUCUCAGUUUAUGCUUUAAAAACUUGUAUUUGUGACUUCUUUCAAUAAAAAUUUAACAUGUAGAAACAUAUACAUAUACAUAUAUACAUAUACAUUAUAUAUAUUAUAUAUACAUAUACAUAUAUAGCAUAUACAUUAAUUUUCAUGAAGGAAAUAAAUGCUUUACUCAUAAUCUCAUAGAACCAGUUACAGUUAAAAAGAAGGUUCAAAUCCCUAUGUAAGAUUUAGUGUUCAUCCUUUUUUUCCCAUUAAAGCAAAUCAAUUAAA